CUGCAAGGAGCGCCAAGUGGGAGCUGGUGCGGUGGUUGCUACGACGCGCAGGGAGCACGAGGGAGUCGACUAGAGCCGACGACGAUGUGGUCAACUGUGCCUUCGCGCAGAACAAGAAGUCAGUGGGCCAUUCAGAGGGGGUUUGGAGUCAGGAGCAUCACGUUCCCGGACUGUGCUGAAGCAGAGUGGCAAGGGCGAGCGCAGAUUCUAGUGGCAAAUAUUGGAGGAAUUGCUGCGUAUCGAGCUGCGCGGUUUGGUGAUCUGGAUUUUAUCAAGUGGCUGGCGUCGAAGUACAGGGAAAUAAUAGAUGUUCAGUAUUGGGUGCAUACCGCUGAAAAUGCUCGCGAAGGUGGACACCUUUCCGUCGUGCAGUGGGUGUUCAUGAACGUGGGUGGCGUGGUUCGUGGUAAUGGCCCGGCGGUGGCCAUGUUUGCAGCAGCAGAGAACGGAAAGGUUGAUGUUGUGGAGUGGCUGCACAAGCAGUAUGGCGGCAAGAUGAAUAUUGAGCUGUUCGAGGAGCUCCAUGUUCCUUCAGAUGAUGAGGACGCUGGGAUGGUCCCAACAACCGCCAUGGAUGCAGCAGCCAGAAACGGACACUUGUGUGUUCUGAAGUAUCUUAACGGUAUCGAUGCAGUAGCACGAAAUAAGCAGAAGAAGCGAGCUGGGAAGUCAAAACGCACUCAAAAUCGGCAUACAGGCCACUUUCCUCGUUGUACGUCUUUCGCCAUGGAUGCUGCUGCCGGUUGUGGUCAUUUGAACGUCGUAAAAUGGCUGCAUGCGCAUCGCUCUGAAGGAUGCACGACUACUGCGAUGGACCGCGCUGCAGGCAACGGGCAUUUGGACGUGGUGCAAUGGCUGCACUCACACCGCUCCGAAGGAUGCACCACUGCAGCUAUGGCUAAUGCUGCAACGCGACCCUUUCACGCUCUCGAGAUAAUUCAGUGGCUGCAUUUGAAUCGCACUGAAGGCUGUACUACUGCAGCUAUGGAUGGAGCUGCGGCGAACGGGAAUUUCACACUGCUGCAAUGGCUUCAUGAUAACACAGCGGUAGGAUGCUCAUCUCGGUCGAUGGUGUCAGCUGCACGUCUUGGGCGAUUGGACAUUCUCAAGUGGCUUACAAAAUAUUAUGCCGAAGCAUGGACUCAUAAAGCUAUGUCCAAGGCUGCGAGCCGCGGCCAUUUGAACGUCGUGAAGUGGCUAUGUGAGAACCGAGGUGAGGGAUUCGCUGGCAAGGCAAUGGAAAAGGCUGCGUCGAGGGGCCAUUUACACGUUGUUCGGUGGCUUCUACCUCAUUGUACCAACCCAGACGGAUUCCUCUCAGCAAUGAAGCUGGCGCACUCGGGAGAGCAUUUUGAGGUGAUGCUGCUUCUGGAUGCCCAGCUAGGCACUUACUACGACGAUGGCAUUCUGAGGGAAAUGAGAGGCCAUUGGUUGAAGUACCAUGAUAUUCAGCGCUGGUUCGACGAGAAGUACCCACCGUCUUCUGGGUAG